UUCCCGUAUAUCUAUGUAUAUAAAUGAGAGAAUUCAGGCCCCCAAAUAUAUAGGGGAAGGUACACAACCCAAGGCCGCCAAACUCGCCAUCUCCUUCGAUAUACUCGCCAAUUAUACCACCCUCCGGUAUAAUUUAGAUAUAUAUAUAUAUACACAUACCCAUUUUGCUCUCCGCAUUCUAAUAUAUCUCAUCAAAAAAAAACAAUAAAAAAAAAAAAAAAAAAAAUGGAAGGUAUGACACUCACCGGAUUAUUGAAAGAGGUCGCCGGAAAAUUCCCCGAUCGCCGAGCGCUGUCUGUUUCCGGCAAGUUUGACCUCACACACGCUCGCCUUCAAGAACUCAUCGAACGAGCCGCUUCUGGCCUUGUCGCCGCCGGUAUUAACCCUGGAGAUGCCGUCGCUCUUACCUUCCCUAACACCGUCGAGUUCGUAAUAAUGUUUUUGGCUGUGAUUCGAGUCCGAGCAACGGCGGUGCCACUCAACGCGGCGUACACCGCGGAGGAGUUCGAGUUCUACUUAUCUGACUCCGAGUCAAAGCUUCUCUUAACCUCGACAGAAGGGAACAAGGCGGCUGAAGCUGCAGCUUCGAAGCUCAACAUUCCACAUGUCACAACUACUCUGUCUUCAGCCGACUCCGUGGUGACUCUCUCUCCAACUAAGUCCGACUCAGAUCCCAACUCGGUCUCCAAAAUCAUCAAUGACCCCUCCGAUGUCGGUCUUUUUCUCCACACCUCCGGCACCACGAGUCGGCCGAAAGGCGUGCCAUUGACACAGCUCAACUUGGCUUCAUCCGUGAAGAACAUCAUGUCGAUAUACAAACUCACUGAGUCAGACUCAACCGUUAUAGUCCUCCCUCUGUUUCAUGUUCACGGACUACUGGCUGGUUUACUGAGUUCACUCGCCGCCGGAGCCGCCGUCAUUCUCCCAGCCGCUGGCCGAUUCUCCGCUUCCACAUUUUGGUCAGACAUGCGCAAAUACAACGCCACGUGGUACACUGCCGUGCCUACCAUACACCAGAUCGUACUAGAUCGCCACGCCAGUAACCCUGAACCCGAAUACCCGAAGCUCAGGUUCAUUCGGAGCUGCAGCGCGUCGCUGGCGCCGGUUAUAUUGGCUCGGCUCGAGGAAGCUUUUGGCGCGCCGGUGUUGGAGGCUUAUGCCAUGACGGAGGCGACCCAUCUCAUGUGCACAAACCCGCUACCGGAGGAUGGUCCGCAUGUACCCGGGUCGGUAGGAAAACCCGUGGGUCAAGAGAUGGCCAUUUUGGAUGAAAAUGGUGUUGAACAAAAGGCUGGCUCCAAUGGGGAGGUGUGUAUCCGGGGACAAAAUGUGACCAAAGGGUACAAAAACAAUCCGGAAGCGAAUAAAUCCGCUUAUCUGUUCGGGUGGUUCCACACCGGAGAUAUCGGGUAUUUGGACUCGGACGGGUAUUUGCAUCUUGUUGGGCGUAUUAAGGAGUUGAUCAACCGUGGAGGGGAAAAGAUAUCACCAAUUGAAGUGGAUGCGGUGCUUCUAUCUCAUCCAGACAUUGCUCAAGCAGUCGCUUUUGGUGUCCCUGAUGACAAAUAUGGAGAAGAGAUAAAUUGUGCUGUCAUUCCUAGAGAAGGAUCAAAGAUAGACGAAGCUGAGGUGUCGAGCUUCUGCAAGAAAAACCUUGCUGCUUUUAAGGUCCCCAAGAAGGUUUUCAUCACCGAUACUGUCCCAAAGACUGCCACAGGUAAAAUCCAACGCCGGAUUGUAGCAGAGCACUUCCUUGCUCAAAUCUCAACCGCUCAAGUCCCCAAAUUUGGCGCCUAGACUAUGUCUAUUUAAUCUGAGUCGUUCUUUUUCAGACGAAUUGAUACACGGAUAUAAGGAUUUUUGAAAAUUGGGAACUGAAGUUCACUUAUUCUAAUUAAUUGUAACAGAAGUCAUGUUUUUUUUUUUUUUUUGGGGGGAUAUCAUCACAAAUAUAUGCAAUAAAAUUUCCUAAUUUUCUUUA